AAUUUUAACAAAUCUGUAGAAAAAUCUGAAACUCAAUGCCCGAGCAAUUGCAGACGUAGAGUGGCAGUCGUUGUAUUAAGACGUGUUUUGCGGAUCCAAAACCACAACCAACCAACCAACCGCUUCCAAUCCAAGUUUUUAGUUCAAUAAUUUUAAGGAUAUAUAAAGAAAAACAUUUAGAAAAGUGUUGCGAAAAAACCUGUGGAUAUAAGGAUAUAAGUUACAUUUAAAUGACCGAAAAGGAUACCGCAUCAAUGACCACCGUCCAAAUGAAGGCCGACUACGCCGCUAGCGAGGUUUAUAGCACCGCUAGCGAGCCACCACCGCUGGGAUUUUUUAAUUUUAAUCCUCCACAGGCUUACAAACGCCAAUCGAAUUCAGUGAAAAUUGCCAAAAUCACUGCAUUCACCAUCAUUGUGUCUUCCUUCAUUUUGGGCGCCUUCAUUUUGGCUUCGUCCUAUUUGCAAGCCAAGGCAUCAUGCGAUCAAGUACAGGCACUUGAUUCGGUUUUGGAAAAGGAAUUGAUGUUGGAAACAUUGCAGCAAGUCAAUAAGGAACUUCCAAGAGCUGAAGCUUUAUUGGGCCGUGAAAACAUCAAUGAUGAUGAUAUGCAAAAUCUCAACAAAAUUGAGACUGUCAAGAAGGUGGAAAGCAAACCUGAAAAAUCUGCUGCUCCUGCCCCAUCUGAGGAAGAAUUCAACAUGAACAAAGUCAAUAGCGACAGUGAAGAAGCUGAGGUUAUGCAAAAAUAUCCCGGUAAAAUUCCCUUGGAAUUGGACUUAAGCGAUUUGGCUGCUGCUUUAUUGCAAAACAACAAGAAAUCCCGCAUGAACUGUGUGGUUGAGCGCAAGCAUGCAGAAGAGCUGGUUGAUACACCCUCCAAAACUGUUGCCUUGCCUUUCGGCAUGAAUUUGACCACUGAACCCAAGAAGGCACGUAUUACCGGUGAACGCAUUUCCAUUUUCUGUGAAGGUGGCAACGAAAACAAGGAACAAGACUCUUCCAAGGGUUCGCGCAGUGAAGAUGAUGAAGACAAUACCGAUGAUGAAAUCGAAUCUAUUCGCCCCAUGUUCUUCCCCUACCAACGCGUGCCAAUUCCAUUUGGACCCAUUCCCAAUCGUUUUCCCUUGACCCACAUGCCACAACGUAUGGAACCAAUGAUGCCACGUCACCAACCUGAACAGUUGCCUGGUUUCUUGCGUCAAAUGCCCCCACCACCACCACCAUUCCAACAAUUGCCAAUGCGCCCACCCAUGCCUCCACAAGUAAUGCAAGCUCCACACCCAGAACCUCAACGUAUUUUGCGCAUCCAAGUCCAUCAGAUUCCAUUGAGAGAACUGAUCCAUGUUGCCGAUGAUGUACCCCAACAAAUCCAACCCCAACAAGUACCUCAACAAGCUCCUUUGCCACAACAACCUCAACCUCAGCAACAACAACAACCUCAGCCACAACAAACUCAACCUCAACAAAUGCAACAACAGCAGCCACAACCUCAACGUCCCGAUAUGCCAUUCUUCCAAAUCCAGCGUAUGCCUUUAGAUUUGGCCUUGGAACGUGCUGGUAUUACUGCUGAAGAUUUGGCCAAUAUUCAACGUAUGACCGAAGAUCGCAUUAACGAAGAAUUCCGUCGUUUGGCCAUUGAUUCCGAAGAGGAAGACAACAGCAACAGCUCUGAAGAUGACGAUGAACCCCAAAUGGCUGCCAAUAACAACAGCGAACAAGAAAAAUCUCAACAACAAGAGAGCCAACAAUCCGAACAAGAUUCUGAACAACAACAACGUCAGGGCCGUAUGCAACCCAUGCCCAUUCAAAGACUCAUCUUGCAACCUUUGCCCGAACAACCACGUGAUACAAUGACACCACCAAUGCCCGAUCGCCGUAUGCCAAUCGGUCACCCCGGCUGGGGUCGUAGCUUAGCUCAACCCGUCAGUAUUCCCGUGCCAAUGAUGGAUGCUCAAAACGAUAUGUCUGGUCAGGAUGAUCAAUCGUCUUCCUCGUCGGCAGCUGACGAAUCGGAAAGACCACAUUAAUUUGUUCUUUUUACAUUUUUUCUUACAGUUGUCCACCCACGUUCCGUCUAAGAAUCUGAUUGUAUUAAAUCAUCUGUGAUGUUUCGCUGCUAACUCUAACACAAAAAUUGAGUCCAUGAAUUUCCACCUUAUAGAAGAAGCACAAACACGGACACAACGGCAGCUGUAUUUUUUAUUAUUUUUCAACAUUUAUAAAAUUUGUUUCGGUUAACUGUAUAAAAAGAAUAUAAAGCAUAAUAGUUGGUCCAUUCCGAUAAAUAAAUAAAUUAAAUAAAUAUAUACAUGUAAAAUUUAA